CGUCCUUCUCCGCACUAAGCGACUGCCCGCCGCUGACCCGCUUUCUUGUUCCAUCCCAAGAGAAUUUAUCUCUUUCUUUCACCGCAAUCUUGCACGUUUUCAAUCACCACAACACCGCAAAAAUGGGCAAAGGUCUUCGAUCAAGUACCAACAAGGUCAACAACAGAAAGCUCAAGAAGAAUGUCUUUGGCCCCGUCGAAAAAGCCCGUACCCAGCGUCUUUCGGAAAAGCUCCAAGAAUUAGCCUCUCAGCCAAAGCCUCCCAAGGUCGACAUGGAAGUCGAGGAAUCAAGUGGUGAGCCUUUUCGCCUCUUCAACACAAGACAUACGAGGCUGACAGCGCGACCCACAGACUCGAAGCAAGCCGCGUCGGAGGCAAAGGCUGCCAACGCAAAUGACACCGCAAUGGAAGUCGACUUGACCAACGAACCCAGAUCAAGCUGGAUCAAGGCCGAGAAGAGAGCCAAGGAAGGCAAGCGCGACCGCAUCGCAAAGAAGCAAAAGCGCAAGGUCAUCAACCAGAUGACUUUCAAGAAGAACCCUCGUACCGGAAAGAAGUGAGAGGCACCGUCCAGACUGUAUUCACGCUUCGAGGUACAGAGAAGAGAUCGAGACAGAUGGUCUCAGGGGAGGACAGGAGGGCAGAGGAGGAAAGUAGCAAGCAUCAGGGCGCGCGACCUAACCAUCGCGGCCCCAUGGAGUUCUGGAAAAGGUAGAAGGUCUGUCUUUGGGUUCCAACAAAAAGGAUUACUGGCGUCAAAGAAAUACCAAAGGCUGGCGACACUGUCGGAACAGAAUGGAUGUUUCGAGGGUGUACAUG